UGAAACACCGGCGGAGAAAACUGACGUCAUCACCUAAGGACAACAACGGAAGGAGGAGGUAGCGGAUUUUGGUGGAUUAAAGCAACGGCCAGCUCAGGGUUAAUCCCCAGACUGUAUCUAACGCACCCAUCGAAACCGUCUGCAACGUUGAUAAUCGAAGCAGAGUGAACACAUUUCAAGAAAACGACAAGUACGGGCUGAAAACAGUAACCGGACCGAGAGAAGCAGAGUACUGUCUCCUUGGUGACCGUGAGGGGGUCUCACCUGCUCAGCUCUGCAAAUUCUCCCAUCUCCUGCCCUGUGGUUAUGUCUUCUGUGGAUUCCAGUGGGGAUGGCGGGAAGUGGCUGGAUGCCCACUACGACCCAGUGGCUGGUCUCUACACCUUCUCGUCCUGCAUAGACCUGGCAGAUCUUAGCGGGGACAGGGAGAGCCGACUCGUGGUCGGGGACCUGGGCACCGGCUCAUCAGGCAUGAAGCUUAAGGUCUACCGUGGCACGGCACUCAUAAGUGAGAAUAGCCUGCUGGACCUACCUGCUGGCCUGGUUGCCUUUUUUAUGGACCUGCAUGAGCCCCGCAUCCCCGCUGUGGCCGUGGCCUCUGGACCAUGCAUCUAUGUCUACAAGAACCUGCGGCCAUACUUCAAGUUCACACUUCCAAGCCUGGACAUCAACCCAUUGGAGCAGGAUGUGUGGCAGCAGGUGAGGGAGGGUCAAAUCGACCCUGUGAUGCUGAAGGAGAUGCUGGAAAGUAUCAGGAAGAAGGCAGACAUCCCACUGUCCAUCCGAUCGCUCAAGUUCUUGUCUCUGGAGUCUGAUGAGGUGGACGAGUUUGUUCAGCUGUACAAACAGCAACCAAUCAGGCGGCAGACGGUCAUCACCUGCAUCGGAACUCUAAAGAAGAGCACAGCCGAUGAGGACGGGAUUAGCUGUUUGGUGAUUGGUACAGAGAACAGCGACGUCUUCGUCCUUGACCCUGAAGCUUUCACCAUUCUCUGCAAGAUGUCUCUUCCCGCUGUUCCCACCAUGAUGGAUGUCACAGGUCAAUUUGAUGUGGAAUUCCGCAUCACAGUGGCAUGUCGCAAUGGCAGCAUCUACAUCUUACGCAGGGAAUCAGAGAAACCAAAGUACUGCAUCGAGUUGUCAUCUCAUCCUGUUGGGCUGGCGAGAGUUGGGAAAAAUAUGGUUGUAGGAUGCACUGAUGAGAGUCUACAGGGCUUCACACAGAAGGGUAAGAAGUUGUGGAAGAUUAUCUUGCCGGCUCCUGUCACUACAAUGGCUGCCAUGGACCUCCCCACCAGGGGCCUUCAGGCUGUCCUGGUGGGCCUGGCAAACUGUCAGGUUCAGCUGUACAGGGAUAAGAACCUGCUUAGUACCAUCAAGACCCCCGACACAAUCACCAGCAUCUGCUUUGGUCGGUACGGCCGUGAGGAUGGGACCCUUGUAAUGACCACAAAGGGAGGCGGCCUCAUGGUGAAGAUUCUGAAGAGGACGGCAAUGUUCGAUGACAUGGACAGCACUCCUGGCCCGCCAUUGGCUCAGAGUGUUCGCCUCAAUGUCCCUAAGAAAACCAAGCUGUAUGUGGACCAGACACUGCGGGAGCGGGAGAAUGGCCUGGCAAUGCACCGAGCCUUCCACAUGGACCUGAGCCGCAUGAGGCUGGCUGCUGCUCGAGCUUAUGUCAAAGCUCUGGAGUCCAGCCUGACCCCUAUGUCCUCCAGCCUCUCAGAGCCCCUGAAGAUGAACGCCGUGGUCCAGGGCCUGGGCCCAUCCUUUAAACUGACCCUGAAUGUCCAGAAUACAGCGUCCUGUCGGCCCAUCAUGAACCUGGCCAUCAACUUCCUUUACGACGACAACCUGUACAGGAUCAGGAACCCAUACAUGAAGAUCCCACUGCUGGUGCCAGGACUUAUUUACCCUUUUGAGACCUUUGUGGAGUGUACCAGCGACAAGGGCAUCUCUGACCUCAUCAAGGUGUUUGUGUUGCAUGAAGAGAAGAGCUCCCCACUGCUGACGGCUCACAUCAACAUGCCGGUCAGCGAGGGUCUGGUGCUCAGCUAAAACCCAGUCUUCCUGUUGACUGAUACAGAAGCUGCAAUGGAGAAUGUGGAAAGGAACCCUUCAGUUCAAGAACUGGUUAACAGUGAUAGCUUUGAGCAGAAGUCUGUUCAGCCCAGAGUUGGUGAAUGCCUCCGCUGGUUAAGACCGCUGGUUUCCAGCAGUUAGCAAUGAUCUAUGAGCUGUAAACCAAACAAUAUGAAUCAAAUGUCUCCAAACUGGUAGUAGUGUAUCGUAGUUGAAUCUGCGUUGUGUCUUGUGGAAAUAACAGCCAGACAACAGCAGAGCUGAAGGCACUUUUAAUGCUCUUGCAUCCAAACAGCAGAAAAUAGCGGUCAAAACAGGCUUUCUCUGAUUACAGUGCUCCACAGCGCUUUCUCCCACGAAAUCCGAACAGAAAGAGCCGCACAUGUGCAACUUGUGUAAAAUAACACAUUCACCUUACAAAAUAAAAAUUGCAACAAUAAUUAAUAACUAAGCCCAAACAUGAGCAUAAUAAUCUUGAACAGUACAUGAAUAACAACAAAAAAAAAACCAAUUAGACAAAAUAUUCCUACCAAAAGCAAUGAAACAUCACAUACCUGCAUCCAAACAGCAGAAAAUAGCGGUCAAAACAGGCUUUCUCUGAUCACAGUGCUCCACAGCGCCUGUUUAACUAUGAACAGUACUAUUUUCAGCAAGUGGAUGUAGCAUUUUCAUUAGCAAUGUUUCAUGUAGCAUAAAAGCAGCUAAAUAUCUGCUAACACAGUUCUAGCACUGUUCAACAAAGUUCGAGUGCCCCAAAGCACAUUAUUUUACAAGAACAUAUCACUUAUACUUAAAAUACACUUACACAGAAAACAAAACUUCAUACCUUCUCCCACUGAAUCCGAACAGAAAGAGCGCGACGGAGAGUGUGGGAAAACCUUUCAUGAACUAUAAUGGUAUGACCCGUUAAUUUUUCUUCUUAAACCCCGAAUUAACACCCAAAACAACAAUAUAUGAACUCAAUAUGUUCAACAGUAGAGAAAACAAUUCACAUUUUCAUUCACAAUACACCACAUUUAAAUAAAAAUAAUAAUUUUGAAAUGGGGAGUUACCCGCUGUUUUGGGAUGGAUCUGCCGUCUUUUCAAUAUAAAAGCUGCCAGUGCUCAUACGAGUUCCUACCGGAAUAACUUAUCACUUGACAAUCUAGUGUAACAACAUCACACUGCUACCUUCACCCCCACUGUUUUACACUAUAUUGCAGGCAUAUUACCCAAAUAAUAAAGAAAAACAAAAACCAAGCAAACAAAAUAAAACAAAGAUAAACAUACUAUUUUUUUACAAAUCUGACCACGACAAUUCAUGUGACCCAGAUAUACCCUCCAUACAAGACCAAAAUGGUCAACCAGCAAAGAGCUAUUCGAUGAAGAAUUAGGGAAGAUGAGGGGUAGCUAACUCCCCACCUCACCAUAGAAGACAUGCCACUUGCAUAUCUAUUAUAGAGUACACCCAAAAUCACCCCAAUGCGUCCAGUGCAAUGGACAACCUAAAUAAAAUCAUGACCAGACCCCAUUAUAAGAAGUCCCAAUAAAAAGAAAGAAGAAAACAAUAAAAUAACACAAAAUAAAUGGCCCUAUGAGAAAAUCUUAA